CCCCCCCCGCCCCCCCUCCCCCAAACAGGGGCGCUGCGUUCUGGCAUUUCAAGCGUAGGAUCGAGCAUAAAUAAUACCGUUCAAUCAAUCUUGGGCAAAUAGGAGAACAUCUUAGAUGCGCGCGAUGGUUGCGGUGCAGGACUUGUGUUGUUUUGGCCGGUGGCUCGGCGCUUUGAUUUUCAGCGUCUGCUGUGUCCUGUCCUCUGGCUUGUCUUACGGAAAGACUGUGGACAAUGCAUGGAUCGGGAUGGAGAACGUCGUCAGCAGGCAAGGGGAUACGGCUCUCUUAAGGUGCUACCUGUCAGAUGAGCUCUCCAAAGGGGCGUGGUUAAACCGCUCCAGCAUCAUCUUCGCGGGGAACGACAAGUGGUCUGUGGAUCCUCGCGUGUCAAUCGUCUCGGGCACCAGCAGCAAGUACGAGUACAGCCUGCAGAUUCAGAAGGUGGACGUCAGCGACGAUGGCCAGUACACCUGCUCCGUGCAGAGUGACCAGAACCCCCAGUCCAACCACAUUCACCUCAGCGUCAAAGUUCCUCCCAAGAUAUACGACAUUUCCCCCAACAUCACAGUUAACGAAGGCAGUGACAUCACGCUGAGCUGUAUGGCCACUGGGAAGCCAGAGCCUACUAUCUUCUGGAGACACGUCACUCCUUUAGCUAAGAAGUUUGACGCCGGGGAGUACCUAACCAUCACUGGAAUCACGCGCGACCAGACGGGAGAUUAUGAGUGCAGCGCUCAGAACGAUAUCUCCUACCCAGACACCCGGACGGUGCGAGUCACAGUGGACUUUCCCCCUAUCAUACACGAGGUGAAGUUCACCGGGACGGGGUCAGCACACAGCGCCCUCUUCAGGUGCGAGGCUGCUGCGGUCCCCUCGCCGGCCUUCGAGUGGUAUAAAGGCAAGAAAAGACUUGCCCGCGGACACGGUAUUGAAAUCAAAACCCUCGGCUCCCGAUCGAUCCUCUCCAUGAGCAACAUGACAGACGAUCGCUAUGACAACUACACAUGCGUAGCUGUCAACAAGUUAGGCUCAGCCAACGCCAGUGUGCCUCUGACCCGACCCAACUCCUCCCCCCAUGGGAGCACGGGCAGCGCGCAGAUCCUAUCCUCCUGCCGGUACCUGGUGCUGGCUCUCACUUCACUCAUCAGCGGAUUCUAGCCGGGGAUGGACGUGAGAAUGACUGUAACGGACUCCUUUGACAUUGCAGACAGUCGGAUCCAAUCUGGUACCGCUCAGUAAGACCAGUACUGGACAUAAUCCGCAUGAUUUCCUGCGCUUGUUGAUCGCUCUCCGUCCAAAUUUAUGUUCUAAUUACGCAAAUACUCCCUUCAUCUUGAUUAUCUACUUGUGAAUCGCCGUCAUCCAUCUAAAGGCUGUUAUUAUGUAUCUUACCAUUAAUUGUAAUUUACAAUUGUGUGAUUAAGAACGAUCUAGAUCCUGUGACCCUAUAAAAUAUAGUGGAUCAAAAUCAUUUGUUCGGCAACAGUCCGCGCUGAAAGACAUGACGGACACAAAUACCACAUCGUUAGGGCCAAUUCAACAUAAUUAUAUAUUCAAGGGAAACGUUGAAUAAAAAAGGAACAUUAUCGCAGGAAGGAUGUAGGAAGUUCUCUGCUCCUGGAUGUCAGGAUCCAGGCAGGUGCAACGAAAAUUGCUUUCAAUCAAGGCAACAAAAUUUCAAUUAAAACAGCAUGGUAACAUAUUGGCAAACCCCGACGACGAGGUGGAGCAUUUUACAGCUUUCAAUGUGCAAUUCGUUGGUCAUCUAAUACUAAUAAAAGCACAAAAUAGGUCUUAUUUUCAGGUAGUAAAUGUACACAGAUCAUCUGAGAUGAUACAUACGUAGAGUGUGGCUGCCCACUCACGUUUGGAUUUGUUUUGACAACACUCACGCUAUUAAAUAAGGUACACAGUGAUCUACACGUAACGCCUCGUUGUAUGAGAUUAACUAUCAGCUGGAAGUUUUGUUUAAACAGAUGGUGGGCUCAUGUGCCAGAUCAUGGACGCACGGCACCAAAGGAUCCCCAUGUUAGUGGAUGUUAGUGUCGUGUAGCUUCUCUCAAGCGACAACCAUGACUGAACGGUCCUUCUGACAAGCUCUUCAGUCCAUGUAAUUCAUAGCCACAAAAGUUCAGACUUGAAAGUUUUAGUAAAGGGUUCAGAGGCUGCCUUUAAAAACAGACAAAUUCAAGGCCACUUCAAAUGUGCUUGUGUACAUAUAUGAUACUGCAUUUGUAUAUGUAGACACUCGGAAGCACGUAUGGGAAACAGGCAUAGCUAACACAUGUGGAUAACAGGUAUAAUUGUAUUUCUGUUUUUGGUGCAUGUGUUACGUUUGUAGGGCCAUUUAACAGUUUACUACAAUUGUCUUCAGCAGUGGGGUGACUCUGAGACAAUGUGUAUUAUUUGAUUGUUCACUGUCAUGUGAUUGUUUGGUAUCUUACGAAAAAUGGUGCAUAGGGAAUUCUCUAAAACAUUCUUUACAAAGCCUUCAGUAUUUCUGUGCAAAGUUGUGGCCACCUUUCUGAUCAGAUGUGAUGGCAUUAGGAUUUAGGAUAUUAAUGACAUUAAAGGUUUUUUUUUUUUUAAUGAAAAUUCCCACUGAAAAUCAUUAGCUAGUUUUGGAUGAACAGCUGAACUGGUCUGUUAGUUUGACUCAGAUCCAGGAGGCAGUGCAGCUGAGGAUAGGGAAUUGAUAACAGCAGGUAGACCAGCUGAGUCAAGCAGACUUUCUGUUGGGGUUGUGUUUGACGCCAUUGACAUUUCUGAGCUUGUUCUGCACCUGACCUGUUAUAAAUAAAACAAUAUUUCCUUACAGCCGUGGAAUAAAAGACAGCUAUAUAGAAAUGGUAAAGUUUAAAGGUUAACCUCAUGUAUAUUUUUAACAUUCCGCAUGACUUGUUUGGAUGCAUAGAGUUUAUUUAUUUGUAAAAGUAGUUCUUAGCAUUUUAUUUACAAACUCAUGUUAUUUGGAAGGCUCAAAUAUGAACAGACCUGACUGAUACAGGUUGGGGACCAGAGUAAAUAGGUAGUAUGUAUUUCACUGCACACCUGCUUGACAGAUGCAGGAACGCUGGCUAUAAGUAACACUCCUGUGGCUGAAGGGAGCGCCCUUUAAGUAGCACAGACACCCAGCACUCCAGAAGAAUGUGUAUUCUGCGGUCAGUAAAGGCCCAUCUUCCUCCUGUUCUUUCCCUCAUCGGCCCAGCUAGCCGUCUUUUAUCUCCUGGCCUUCUGUCGACUCCGAUCAGGGCCAGCUGAGCAUCAGCGCUGUGAGGAAUUUGCCCGUGACGUGACUUAUAAGUUCCAAACUUGCGCUCAGGACCCCCCCCUGUGGUCACCGCGCAGUUUGUCAAAGACUGAUCAAGCAAACGCUGAUUAAAGACGGAGUGAUCCGUGAACGAGAGCCGUAAGGAAGAGACAGCUUAGCGUAAGAUCACAUGGAUAUUCCAGAUCACUUUUUAGACAUCACCAUAUCCUAUGGGUUCAUUGUUUAUGGUUUAUAUACGCUCAACUGAAGCUCAAAUCUUCCUUUGGUGAAAUGUAAUUUUGAUGUCCAAACAACCUUUUCCAUAACCAUACCCCAGCCACCAGACUAAUUUGCCUGGCUUAUUCAUUUAGAACAAUCCAAUGUUUGUUUUUGAUAUGACAUUCGAAGAUCUGGUAACAGCAGCCACAAUUACUACUGACCAACAGAUUCCCAAAGACUGACUAAACAGGAAAGGAUCAUGUCCAAUCAGAUGGAGCCGUUUUCUUUUCCAUUUUUUCCCCGCCAGUCCCAUGUAAUCCCACUGGACGUCCCCAAAGAUUUUCAUAACAGCAGUGUAAAUAUGAUAUUAUUUGGAUGUUUCUAGGGGAAACCCCUUUUAAGGGAGAGCAACCAAUGAGAAACUACAGAGCCCAAAGCCAGCAGUACCAUCACACUGCUGUUCCACCCAAGCAAGUUUGUGAACCUGCAAAUAUCUGUCACGAGGCACAGCUUUCAUAUGUGACGACUGGAGCGUACUCCAAUACCUCGCAAUCCAAGUAUUAGCAUAAAAAAAUCUCUGAGAGAACACAUUAAUAGUCUUGACUUGUUUUGCUAGUAAAUUAAAGUAUUCGUGCGGCAGGUCGACGUGACAUACGAAUUAUUAAACAUCCCAGGUAUUGUGAGAGAGCAAGAACGAGAGCCUAUAAAGUCAUUCUCAGUCCAAGAAAUAAUGUGAUGAAAUCCUAGAAAAUACCACCUACUGUAGCAUCAGGUUGGGUGAAAAAAAAAGACCAGAGAAGUCCUACAAUAUGCUUAAAAAAAUGGAAGAUAUCAUCAGUAUUGUCUCUGCUAACAGGUCAACAACCCUGCGUCGAUUCUGUGGCUCCAUAUUGUUUUUGCCAAAUUCGCCAGUCCUCUCAAAUGCAUUGUCACCCAUAAUCUUAAUGAAAUCAAAGCAGGGGAGGUUCAAAUGAGCUUGAAAUGUGAAAAGUACAGUGGUGCUAAUCAGUGGCAUUCGUUAAAGGAUCAUUCUAGAAAGAAAAUUUUGUGUGCUAUACAUUGUACAUAGAAUACAGAAGUUGCGAUACUAUUAUGAAUUGUCAGGGUAUUUUUUAGUUAGAUAUAAUUAAUAUUUACGCUGUUACCUAUUUCCUGCUAUUAUGUUCCAACUCAUUUGCCUAUAAUUAAUUAGUACAUGUUGUAAAAUUAUAAAUAAAUAUGAAUUUUGCAAUACUAUAUAGCAAGUGAUUAAAUGUACUUAAUGUAUGCGAAGGGAGAUGUUUAAAGUUUUCCCCUCACAUAUACAUACAUAUCGGUAACAAAAAGGAAUUAAGUUCACUAUCUGAUCGGGAUAGAGAGUUUUGCUGUUUUUCAUAUACAUGUUAUGUCCUGCUCUGUACUACUGGCUCCAAAGGCCUGAAGUUCAGAAAAAACACAUAUCCAAGUCUCCGUUCACUCCAAAAUACAUCUCUCUGGUCUCUCUGAAGAGAACUAUUUCCUGAUAUAUUCAUCUGUCCUGUUAAGAAGACGUGUAUUAAUAUGGAAAAAACAACUGGAACCUCUUAAGCCAACAUAAUUUAAGUUAAAAGGAUCAAGGAGCUGUCUUACUGUUUCUAAUGGCGCUUCUUACCAUGCAAGGGAAAGGUCAUUCGUUAAAUUUUCAAUUCAGGCCUCUGUUGGCAUAUAUUAGAAUCCACUAGUGUGGCAAAUAUUGAGGUCCUGGUUAAUUUUCUGCCCUGUUUCUUCCUACACGCUGGAAAGCCAGUCCAUCCAUCUCUGCUUUUCCAAAGCACCGUACAACUAAGGCCGGUGGUUCGAAAUGUAGCGUCUUCCACAGCAGAUCUGUAGUAGUCCCCAUUUACUAUGGAUCGAACGCUAGAUCUAAGUCUACGGCCUAUCUGAUGGCACUAGCGAGACGGUUAGAGGAUGCAGGCGGUGUCACUAAGUUUCGGGGUCCUUGGCCUUGUUUCUAGGUGCGGUAGCUCUCGGAAAGAUAAAAUGGAGGAACAAGAACAUAUGGAAUUCUGUGGAGCAUUUUAUUUGUCCUCUGCUUUCGCACGUUUUCGGUGGAGGAGUUUGUGAAAUGCCACCGGAGAAGGGUCUCGCCUUUCCUCUCCACAGCCCUAUGAACUGUCAGCAUCAAAACAUUCCACAAAUAACUUUAUAUAAUCAGCUUUUAAGUCAGAUUUUCUGUCAGCCCUUGUCAUACACAUCUCCCACACAGAAAUGUUUAUUUUAGUCAUGUAAACAGGAUACUACACCAUGGGGAAAAAAAAAAUCACUAAUAAAGAGUGAGUUCUGACACGUAACCUCGACACCUGACCAAGAUUGGCCAAUAACCUACUACCCUUCAUUUAAGUGCAUAGCCCCCCCACUCCUUCCCACCCCCCACCUUGAAGUGAUUGUUUUUGGAUAUAGAAAUACAACUGGUUUUAUACCAGCAUAAAAAUGUGUAUGUUUCAAAAGUUUGCUAUGUUUUUUUUUUCUCAUUAUUAUCACUGGGCUGGAAAAUAAGGCAGUUAGGCACCAGUGCAACGAGUUCUAGAUAAUUCCGAGUCUUUAAAGGGGCCGUCCCUUUCUGGUCUUUUCUGUGGAGACGGCGAGCGAUUCGCUUGGCGUGAUGUGCUUAUGUGAGUAGUGUGCGAGUAGUCUUACUGAAACGACCGAGAGUAAUUACCAAGCCAAUUUCUGCAUAUUCCUUUUUCCAGUGUAUACAUAAUAGUUCACAAGGUAUAUAUAGUGAUAGGUGAGGAGGAGAAGGGAAUUGCGCAGACAAGCUGAGGUGUGAGGAUGCAAGUAUAAGUGAAAGAUUUAUACGGAAGUAAAAUUAAAUCCCGCUAACGAAACAGCGAACACACUGGUGGGCCAGCUCUACCUUUUCAGGGCCUUAGGCAAAGCUUUGCUUGAGAGGCGACCCCUACUAGGAAAAUCGAUGAUCAUGUCACUUCCUCCACAGUGCAGAUAAAUCGGGGGUCUCACAGCCAGAGCUGGUGUUGCCCCGGCACAUCGCCGAGCCGUCCGGCUCCGGUGGCCCUGUUUUAGCAUUAGCCUGUACACACAACGAAGGAGGCCGGCUAGACUCACAAACGCCUGGAAAUGUGCUGGACGGAGCUCAGUCCUGGGCUGCAGCGCAGUGACCCCCCCUGCCUACUCACUAUAUAUGCAUAUAUUCAGUACAUUUCGAGUAUUUUUAAAGCCAAAUCUAUAUAAGUAUGUGACCGAUGUCUAAUGAACAAUGAAGUACACUUAAGUAAAAGUCUAGUUUGUAGCACGACAGAAUGAAUUUGGCCUAUUUGACUUUAGUGCAUUUCUGCGAUGUUGUUCAAAUAUGGAAUAAGAUGGUAUCCUUCUCCUAUUUAUGCUACCUUAUAACUGUAAGAGAAUUAAAACAAAAUCAUGAUGAUGAUGCGGCAGGCAAAAAUGAAGCGUAUUUGUCCAGUCUUUUAAAAAAAACACUUAAAACGAGUUUACCUUUUGUGAGUUGCGAUAUUUUAGCCAAUAAGAAUGUGAUCGUGUAUGACAAGCUGAGCCACUGGACUGCUGUUCGAGGUUAAAAUACCUUGAAUGGCUUAUAUCCUUUUACACUGUUUCAUCCAAGAUUAAAAAAAAAAAUCCAUGUAGUUGGUAAUUUAAGAUCUCGCAUUGUGAACAGCAUGUUCUAGCCCACCCUAUGUCAUUUUGUAAAAGUGGUUUGAUACUAAUAAACAUCAGUUAAAGAUA